UCAUUCUCCAUCUGUCACGAGAGAGAGAAACAGAAUAAAAAGCAAAACCUUCAAUACAUCAAUGGCCGACAGUUCACACUCCAAUUCCCCAACUUAGAUGUUCACCAAUUUUUCUUCUUCUUCCUCUACCCACAUUUCCGCCGCCGGCCACUUUUCCGAUGGAUCCCUGUCCGUUUGUCCGACUGAUGGUCGAAUCCCUUUCUCUCAACCUUCCUCAGGCAACUCGCCCCGCCGGCGCCGCCGUCCACCCGUCGACAACGCCCUGCUUCUGUAAGAUCGCGAUCAAGAAUUUCCCUUCUCAAACGGCGCUUCUUCCUCUUUCAUCUGUCUCCGGCGACUCACCGCCAGACUCCGCCGCGUCGUCCGCCGGUUUCCACCUCGACCCGACAUCUCUACGCCGGCUCUCCGGUAAGCCAGUUAUAAUGUGUCUUUCGGUUUUCGCCGGUCGGAUGGGUAACACGUGUGGGGUUAAUUCUGGCAAAUUGCUCGGCCGGGUUCGGAUCGCUAUCUCGAUCGACGGCGCUGAGAAUAAACCGAAAACGUUUCAGAAUGGGUGGGUGAACUUGGGAAAAGAUGAGGAUAAAACAUCUGCACGACUUCACUUGCUUGUCCGGUCUGAACCGGACCCCCGAUUCGUGUUUCAGUUCGGCGGCGAACCGGAAUGUAGCCCGGUGGUUUUCCAGAUCCAAGGCAAUAUCCGACAGCCGGUUUUCAGUUGCAAGUUCAGUGCUGAUCGGAACUCGAGAACCCGGUCACUGCCAUCAGAUUUCAGCUUCAACAGCACCAAAGGAAAAUGGAUGAGAACUUUUUCCGGCGAAAGAGAGAAGCCCGGGAGGGAAAGAAAGGGUUGGAUGAUCAUGGUUUACGACCUCUCCGGGUCCGCUGUCGCGGCGGCCUCUAUGAUUACGCCGUUCGUCCCUUCUCCGGGCACGGAUCGUGUCUCCCGCUCCAACCCUGGUGCCUGGCUCAUCCUCCGCCCCCAUGGCUUCUCUGUUAGCAGUUGGAAGCCAUGGGGCCGCCUUGAGGCUUGGCGUGAGCGGGGACCGAUCGAUGGCCUCGGCUACAAGUUCGAGCUCGUGGCUGAUACUGGACUAGCAACUGGCAUUCCCAUUGCUGAAGCUACCAUGAGCGUGAAAAAAGGUGGCCAAUUUUGUAUUGACCGUAAGACCGUGAGAGAUAUCAGUCCAAACUCUCGAUCCAACAUUAAAGGUAAUUUUGUAAUGGCUUCGAGCGUGGAAGGAGAAGGGAAGGUGAGCAAGCCCAUCGUACAAGUCGGGGUUCAGCACGUGACGUGCAUGGCGGAUGCUGCUUUAUUUGUAGCGCUCGCAGCAGCCAUUGAUCUAAGUAUGGAUGCUUGUAGACAUUUUACACAAAAAUUAAGGAGAGAGCUAUGUCACGACGAACACGAUUCCAGUUUUCUCUAAAAUUUUCGUCUAUUUUUUUGUUUGCGAUGAUAACCCGUGAUCAUCUAAUUAAGCCAAAGCCGGAUUUGAGCAGUGAAAUCGUAUAUUUAUGUAAUCUUCAUUUUUUCUUUCCCUCUUUCAAAACCCUUAAUUUUCUGUUCUUCUUCA